GAAAUGUCUUUCCGAAGGGGCGUGGUCAGGCAAAGCAAGUUCCGCCAUGUGUUUGCUCAGGCCUGGAAGGCGGAGCAUUGUCUUGAUGACGUCAGGGUGACACGGGUCACAUGGGAGGGGCCUCUGUGCGCAGCCAAUCCUAAAUUCAUAGCCGUUAUCGUGGAGGCCGGAGGAGGCGGAGCCUUCCUGGUGUUGCCCAUCAGCAAAAGUGGGAGAGUGGACCAGACGACACCAACAGUCUGUGGUCACGCUGCCCCAGUGCUGGACAUCCAGUGGUGUCCACAUGAUGACAAUGUCAUCGCCAGCGCCUCAGAGGACUACACGGUGAAGAUUUGGCAGAUCCCUGAUGGGGGUUUGACCGCGCCCUUGACAGAUGCCAUAGUGACUUUGGAGGGACACAGUAAGAGAGUGGGCAUCGUAGCCUGGCACCCGACUGCCCUCAACAUCCUGCUUACUGCUGGCUGCGAUAACGUUCUGUGUAUAUGGGACAUUGGCACCGGUGAGUUGGUGUACCAGCUUACUGAUGCCCACCCUGACCUGAUCUACAGCGUGAGCUGGAACAGAGAGGGUAGCGCCAUCUGUACCACCUGUAAGGACAAAGCGCUGCGCAUCAUUGACCCACGACGCGGAACUGUCCUCAAGGUCAGAGAGAAGGCACAUGAGGGCUCGAGGCCAAUGAGGGCGGUGUUUUUAGCCGACGGCAAAAUCCUCACAACGGGUUUCAGCCGCAUGAGCGAGAGACAGUUAGCACUCUGGGAUACGAGGGAUCUGUCUGAACCAAUGGCGGUUCAGGAAAUGGACACUAGUAACGGAGUUCUGUUGCCUUUUUAUGACCCAGACACGAACAUGGUCUACCUCUGUGGAAAGGGCGACUGUACCAUUCGGUACUUUGAGGUGACAGAUGAGUCACCUUAUGUACACUUCCUGAGUCUGUACAGUAGUAAAGAGCCCCAGAGAGGAGCUGGCUUCCUAAGCAAGAGAGGAGUAGACGUCAACAAGUGUGAGAUAGCCAGGUUUUACAAGCUUCACGAGAGGAAGGUGGAGCCGAUAUCCAUGACAGUGCCGCGGAAGUCAGAUCUUUUCCAGGGAGACCUGUAUCCUGACACCGCAGGGCUGGAGCCCUCCCUCUUAGCAGAAGAAUGGAUUGCGGGACAGGAUGCUCCCCCAGUCCUAGUGUCUCUCAGUGGUGGGUACACACCACCCCCCUCCAAACACAGAGACACUCUGAGGUCCAGGCCUAAACUGCCUCAUCAGGCAAACCCCACGACAAUAAAGGAGACGGAGAACGAGAGGCCCGGGCAGCCAGUGCUUAGCAGAGAAACUGAGGAGGCGGCUGAAAAAGUGAAGACCGAGGAGGACCAGCUGUGCGAGGUCUUGGCGGAGGUAAGAGCCCUUCGUGCCCUGGUCCUUGCCCACGGCCAUCGCAUCGAUGCACUGGAGCAGCAGCUGGCACGCAUUGAGGAUGGCGACGUGUGA